UUGGGCUGGUGGUUUCUGGGUGGUAGUAGCAAUGUAUAAAGUUAAUGUUUAGCUUCUGAACGGCGACUUAUGGGACGUUUACAAACUACUUUUAAACAUCGGUGGUGAACAGGAAGUACUUGCACAGGUGUAACAGGGAGGAUUUCUAAAGCCUGCAAUCUGAGCGUGUUCUGAGGUUUUGUUAUCCCGCUGCAAGGUUUUCUUUAUCACUGCAAAGUCUGAUUAAUGCUUGCAAAAUGUACUGCAAAGCUCUGUUUGUUAGACGGCAGAGUUUGCCAAAUGUUUCCUUAUCUGGAAAAAGUAUAUAUUUUUGCAAGGGGUUUUCAAGGCAGUUUCUGAGGGAUGUUUAACAGUAAACUUAGGAAGUUCUUUGUGUUGUGAUAAGGCUCUGAUUCGCUCUUUUAGUUGUGUUCUCUAAAGAAAAGCAUUGCUAAUCUCAAUAUUUACAAGGAGUAGCAAGUGCUAACACAAAAUUCUGAUUUAAAUGAGCUCCUGGCAAAAUUGAUGCUUGUUAGUUUUACUUUCUGUUGUUUUCAGUUCCAUGACAAUGGUCUAGGCAAAGAUCUUGCCUCCUGUUAAAGAGAAAUUUACAAAAAACCAAACUUAUUUUCAAAAGUAAUACGUGAUUUAUCUGCCGUUGUCAUAAGAAUUCCAAAUAGACAGACUCGUUGUACGUAGGAGUUAAUUAUAGUCUGAAAAAAACAAAGUUUUUGUUUUGUUUUACGUUUUAGAGGCUUUUAAAACGGGCUCUUUGGACAAUUUGUUUACGUUCAUGAUGACUGUUGAUCAACCAUGAAAGUGAUUUAUUUAUAUUUGUUCAUAAAUCAAACUCAUUGGUUGUUCUGUGCAUUUUUUCUUACAGGGUAAAAAACAUGCAACCAAGAACAGCCCUUUCCUUUUCCCUAUGAAUUAAAAGAAAAAUCUUUUCAUAAAUGUCUGUAGAUUGUAUAUAGUUCAUGAAACUUGACACUAAUAGUCAAUCCAUUGAUGUUAUUAUUUUCUCUAAAAGAUAAAAAAAGUAGUUUUUAAAAAGAUAGCUAUUUUAAUGGAGGAGGGGCACGUUUUCCACCUAGUUUAUUCUUUUCCUUUAAAAAAAAGAAAAGAAAAAUCACAAAGCUCCUAUGAGUUUGGUAUGUGCUGUGAUUUGUGAUCUUUUAUAUUAUUUAGUGUCAAAGAAAUGUUUAUUUUAAACUAUGUGGUAUCAAGAAAUACAGUUUUGGAAUCAUGUGGUUUAGAAGUUUGUUUUUGCAAGACAAAGGGUUAAAAAAAUGAAAAUUCUUAUCUAUUUUAAGGUGAUGUACACUUUUCAAAGUCAAAAUCAGAGUUAUUGUCCCUGCUGGAACUGUUUGGAACUCACACACCUGCCAUGCUGGAGAGGACACUGCUUUCCCCUACAGUUUUCCAAAAAUAUGUUUAAAAUCUAUAAAGUGGUAGAUGAAGCUAUCCUACAAAGAUGUUUAGUUUCUAAAAUACUUAGCAUAUCUUGUUAUGUGACACCUUUAACUCUAAGGUGUUUCUUAAUUAUAGACCCCAAAGACAGCCUCCAGCAAGGUAGCUUAUAUUUUGCAUCUGGAAGUAUUUUGAACAGUGUGCUAGAUGUGCUGGGGCCUCAGAGAUUGUCAGCCUCGCCUCCUGGUGCUCAUGAGGUCUUGGAUUAAGGGAGGAAGUGUGCUAAUUUAAUUUAUGUCUCUUUGGAGAGCCAGCCAGAAAUCAGUGAUGCCACAUAUGUAGUGUUAGUAUAUUAUUAUUAAUUUUGUGCAGAUGUAAUGAUUUUAGAAAAUUUUGCAUUACGGUAUACGCGCAUAAUAGGAACAGGAAGAGGAUGCAACCUGUUCUACCAUAGAUAAAAUCUUCAAAGAUUUGCUUUGAGGUGCAUUGAUAUGAAAUAUGGAGUCAUCUUUGAUAACUUCACCUGGGAAAUAGUCUUCUUUCUUACUAAAAAACCAUAAGGAAAACAAACGACCAAAGGAAUCAUACCAAAUGCCGACUCUGCAUCUUUUUGUAUCAUCUAUUUUUUUAAACCAUCAAGACAAAUGGCUUCUUUAAAGACAAUGAUUUGUUCAUUAUUUUUAGCAGUUUUUUAAAAAAUCUUUUUCAUCUUAAACUAUGCAACUCUUCUGUAGAAUUUAACACAUUUAAAAAUCUUUAAGGCCUUGAUUAAAUUAGCUUUCAGAACCUCAGUGUUUAUGUAGCCUUUUUUUGCAUGACAAAAUCUUCAAAAAUUUACAGCGUCAGGAAAGAUAUGAACUUGGAAACUUACAUUAUUAUAAUAGACUGCUGUGAAUUUAAGUGGACGAUUGAAGACAUCAUCCGUUUUAUCAUCAGAAAUAUCACAUAAGCAUAUAAUUCUUUGCUUUAAUGCAAACAAAGUUGCUUGAAAAUGGCCUGGGUAAAAUUCUUACGGAAACCUGGUGGCAAUCUUGGAAAAGUGUAUCAGCCUGGGAGCAUGCUGUCCCUAGCCCCUACCAAAGGCUUGUUAAAUGAACCGGGACAGAACAGCUGCUUUCUUAACAGUGCUGUACAGGUUUUAUGGCAGUUGGAUAUAUUCCGACGAAGCUUGCGGGUCCUGACUGGACACGUUUGUCAGGGAGAUGCCUGCAUAUUUUGUGCAUUGAAGACAACAUUUGCACAGUUUCAGCACAGUCGAGAAAAAGCGCUUCCCUCGGAUAACAUAAGGCAUGCACUUGCAGAAAGCUUCAAAGAUGAGCAGCGAUUUCAGCUUGGCCUUAUGGAUGACGCUGCAGAGUGCUUUGAAAAUAUAUUGGAGAAGAUUCAUUUUCACAUAGUGCCAAGCAGAGAUGCAGACAUGUGUACCUCUAAAUCGUGUAUCACUCACCAGAAGUUUGCCAUGACUCUGUAUGAACAGUGUGUGUGUCGUAGCUGUGGAGCAUCAUCAGAUCCUCUCCCUUUUACAGAAUUUGUGCGGUACAUUUCUACAACAGCCCUAUGCAAUGAAGUUGAAAGAAUGAUAGAAAGGCAUGAACGCCUUAAGCCUGAAAUGUUUGCAGAAUUGCUGCAAGCAGCAAAUACAACUGAUGACUAUCGGAAAUGUCCUAGUAACUGUGGCCAAAAAAUAAAAAUUCGCCGUGUUUUAAUGAAUUGCCCGGAGAUUGUUACAAUUGGUUUAGUCUGGGAUUCUGAGCAUUCUGACUUGACCGAAGAUGUUGUUCGGAAUCUAGCGACACAUCUUUAUCUUCCUGGGCUUUUUUAUAGGGUUACGGAUGAAAAUGCCAAAAGUAGUGAGCUCCACCUUGUUGGUAUGAUCUGCUACGCCAGCCGACAUUACUGUGCCUUUGCUUUUCAUACCAAGAGUUCCAAGUGGGUAUUUUUUGAUGAUGCAAAUGUGAAAGAGGUUGGAACUAGAUGGAAAGAUGUGGUCUCCAAGUGCAUCCGAUGUCACUUCCAGCCACUGCUUUUGUUUUAUGCAAACCCAGAUGGCACAGCAGUUUCUACCGAAGAUGCGCUCAGGCAGGUCAUCAACUGGCCACAUAAAUCCAUUGCAGAAAAUAUGGGAUGUGAAAAGCCCUCGAUCUAUAAGUCAGAUAAUUCAAAAGAAAAUGAAUUUGGUGAUCAGGCAAAACAGAGAGAAAAUCAAAAAGUUCACACAGAUAAUAUUUCAUCAUUUACUCGGAGCCACAUGCAAACAAGUGGUGGUAGAGGACCAGUUAAGUUAAGUCACAGUGAUCAAAGGGAAAAAAUGAAAGACAUUUCCAGAGAAUGUGCUCUAAAAGCUAUUGAACAGAAAAACUUACUUUCCUCACAACGGAAAGAUUUGGAGAGGGGACAAAGGAAAGAUUUGGGCCGACAAAGAGAUUUGGUUGAUGAAGACCUUCCACAUUUCAAGUCUGGAUCGCCUCCUGCCUCAAAUGGCUUUAGACAAUAUGGGAGUCCACAUCUACAUCACAGUCAAGGCAGAGGACCCUGGAAACACGACCGAGUUGCCCAUCAGAGUCGAGAUUCUGCACAAGUAUUAGGUUCAAGUAAAUCCCAGAGUCUUGCUCCAGGAGAGAAGAUCACUGGCAAAGUGAAGAGCGACAGUGGCACUGGGUAUGACACAGACAGCAGCCAAGACUCUAGAGAUAAAGGGAGCCCCUGUAAUGGCGGUGGUAGAAGCCGGAACCGAGGGUGGAAACCUAUGAGGGAAACGUUAAAUGUUGAUAGUAUUUUUAAUGAGAGUGAAAAAAGGCAGCACAGUCCUAGACGUAAAUCAAAUAUCAGUGGCAAACCUAAAUGUAGCAAAGAUCAGAGUUUUAACAAUUGGCCGAAAGAGAAUCCGAAGCAAAAAAGUUUAAUGACCAUUUAUGAAGAUGAAAUAAAGCAGGAAACAGGAAGCAGAAGUUCCCUUGAAUCCAAUGGAAAAGGAACAGAGAAAAAUAAAGGCUUCAAAGAGACUAAAGCUCAUGGUGACAACUGGCAGAUACAAAGGACUGAGUCUGGGUAUGAAAGCAGUGAUCACAUCAGUAAUGGAUCUGCCAAUUUGGACUCACCUGUUAUCGAAGGAAAUGGUACAAUAAUGGAUGUCAGUGGUGUUAAAGAAACAGUAUUCUUCAGUGACCAGAUUAUGACAAGCAACCUAAAUAUAGAACGUGUGAACUGUAACUCCCAACAGAGCAAAAACUACUUAGAAGGCUUUAAAAAGGAACUUAAAAACUGGGAAGUUGGCUGUAAAUCUCAUGAGUUCCAGACAGAAUCACAUCUACAAAUAAAAAAUCCUUUCAUAAAAAGAUCACAUAUAAGUGAAACCAAUGGGAAGUUAUUCCCUUCCUCCAGUCCACCCGUACUCAAGGACCAUGCAGCAAGAGAGCAUAUCCGCCAACCAGAUGAACAGAAACAUGAAAAAUCAAGUGAAUGCAAAUUUUCUGAACGGCUUAAUAUAGAAAAUUCUGAGAGAACAGGUUUACUUUUUCACAUUGAUGAUAAUUCUGCUUCUGGAAAGAGAAUGAACAGUAAUGAAGUAGUCUCACCAUCUUCAUUGUGGUCCUCACACAUGAGAACUGUUGGGUUAAAGCCGGAAACUGCUCCCCUCAUCCAGCAGCAAACUAUGAUGGAACAAUGUUACUCUGAGAACUCUUUAUCGAAGGAACAUAUAAUUCAGUCAACCUGCAGAUCUGAUGGUUGUCAGAUGCCAAAAUUUGUUAGCCAGAAUCCACCGCCCCCUUUGCCACCGAAGAAAUAUGCUGUAACCAGUGUGCCACAGUCAGAGAAAAAUGAUUCUAUGCCUGAUGGCAAACUUACAGAGAUGUUUAAAGCAAGUUCUUCUAGUCUUCCGAAGCACAGUUUAAGUACAGCUUCGGAACCAGGUUCAGAAGUGAGUACAUACAUGAAUGAUGAAAGACUUAAGGAAACAUUUCAAGUAAAAGAACAUGUUGGCAACACACCAAACGACUUGUCCAGCUCUUCGACUAGUGAUUUUCAGGCAGACUUGGGUACAGUUGUUGAUGCAUUUUGCCAAGCAGAGAUAGACUCUCGUUCUACCUGUCCAAAUGAGACAGUUUCAUUAACUACCUAUUUUUCGGUUGAUAGCUGCAUGACUGAUACAUAUAGGUUGAAAUACCAUCAGAGGCCCAAGCUCUGUUUUCCAGAAAGCAGUGGCUUUCAUAAUGAUAGUUUACCCUCUCAGAGUGCUAGAGGGCUAGGACCUGUGUUACGUAAUAGUCUUGGUUCAAACUGCCCUUCUGAGCAGAGAUAUAACCCUAGCAUACACUGUAAUAGGUAAGUGAUGAAACCGGCAAGCUUAUACUUCCCAGAGGCCGUUAAAAUAUAAUAGGGAUCAAUUGACCAAACCUGGUGAGAUAUGAAAUUAAAACCAUGGCAUUUUUAAAGUCACUAAUGACUUUAACUUUCUCUAUUUUUUAUUUUGUGAUGAUUGACUUUUGGAUAUUUUAGAAAUUCCCUUUGAAUAGUUUUGGCAUGCCUUGAAAAACAGAAACUCAGGGGAAUGCAAAAAGUCAUUGACCGUAUGCUGCCAUUGAAUAAAAAUGUCCUUUUCUUUAUUUUGUGGCUGGUAGACCUCUAAGUAUUAAACUAACCAGGACUCACGUAUGCAGACUGGUAAACUCUGCUAACGGAAGAGACCAGGUGAUACAGAGUUUGUGUAGUGAAGGCGAGAUUUGCUUUACGAGAAGCACUUUCCACUGGGCAGCCGAGAGGGCUUCGCCAUGUGCUGUGACUUCUGUGAUAGUCUACUGCGUGUGAUCCCUUUACGUGUCUUACAAAAUAUCAGCCCAUGAAGUUAAUAGCGUUUGGGAAAAAAAGAAAGCCUUAAUGAUAAAGCAGUUUUUAAAUUAAAUGCUGAAGGUCAGAACAGAAGAAACUUAAUUUUGCUCCUAGAACUGCUGUCUUCAGAAUGCCUCGCUAACAAAUUAGGCCUUGGACUUGUAUGUAUUCAUAAACAUUACUUCAGCCAUGUAAGCUAAAAAUAAUUAAAAUACUUAACUUUAGUAUAUUUAUCUUCUUACAUUUUUUCAAAUUUUAUAUGAAAUGUGAAAGGUUUUUAUUUUGGUUUGGUUUACUUUGGGCUAAUGACCAGCGUUAGGAAUUAACCCAGGGCCCUCUUAUUGGGAAUCUCACUGUAGCCACCUAAAUUUUCCCUGCUGUCAUGUUACCUGUUUAUAGUUUGUCAGCCCAUUUUAGUGAUUUUCAGAUUGUUGAAUCUGAAAAUUUUGUGGGUUUUCAGAUUAAAUUUCUGCCUCUCAUAUAAAGGGUUUAUUUAAUUGUAAUGAAAUGUAUUAAUUUGAAUGUCCCUCCCCCCCCUUUUUUUUUUUUUUACUCUAAACAGAUAAUUUACCCUAACUACUUUCAUGGAGAAGGCUUUAUUUUUAAAAAUAAAGGAAUUUUCCAUUAUUAUGAUGACCUUACAAGUGAAAAUAAGUUACUUUAAUUGCCUUAUUUCAUUAGUUGUCAUUUGAUUUUGUACUAAGCUGGUAAACAAAUUAUGGUUUUAGAUAGUUUUCAUAUUGUCCACUCCAAAGAAUUGAGAAUUAUAGAAUUAAAAUUUUCCUUACAUUCACCAAUGGAUAAACUUUAUAAUGCUAUAAACUAAUUAGUAAAUUUAAUAUUUUGACCAAUUCCUUAAAUUGUUAAAAUAUUCCAAAAUGUAAAUUAUUAAAAAUGAACACUUCUAGAUAAAUAGAAAAUAAUUGCGUGUAAAAGUCUAACCUCACCGUUACCAAAUCUUUAUCAAAUUUUGUCUUCCACCUAGAGAAGUUUUUAAUAGCCUUUUCUGACUAUAAUAGUAGGUGAUUAUUACUUUAUCUCUUAAUUUAGAAGUACUUGAAUACCAACUAAAUAAAAUUUUAUCUUUUAAGAAAGUUAUUUUUAACAACUUUUAGUAUGGAGGAUUUGUAAAAUAUUGUAAAGUUUGUAAAAUUGUAUUUGAAAUGUCAAUGUAUUUAUUGCUUUUAUAACAUUGUAAAAUACUAGAAAAACAGGCUUCAAGUAUUUUUUAAUACCUUUCAAAAACUUUGUGUAAGUUUUUUUUAAUAGAAAUUUUGGUCAAGAUGUUCAGUUGAAAUGUGUUAUUUGAAACAUUUGAACUAAUUUCUGGUAUUUAACAGCAAUCUCAUAGAUUUGUAUUUUCAACUCACAAUUGAGUUGCAAACAUCAAAUAGAAAUGUCCAAUUUUGGCUCUUUUUAAAGUACUGUCCAGUUGAAACCUCCUGAACCCUGUAGGAGGGCUAACAACCUAGAAACUGACCAUUUGUUUUUAUGUUGAUUCAACACUCCAAAUAUAGAUUGAAUACAUAUUUACUAAUUAUUCACAUGUAAAGUUUUUAUUUCUAGGGUGCCUAUUUAUUUUUAUAGAUGUUUUCUUCUGGUUAUAAGCUUAUGAUAUAACUUUUAAAAUAAUGCAACCAACAACUGUUGUAAUGUUCAAAAUACUUACCUGUACAAUGUUGUAUUUUCACAUGAAAUCAGUUUUUUCUGGUUCAAAAUUUCUUUAGGAUAAACUGAUUUUUAAAUUUC